AUGGAUCUGGUGAGCCAAAAGUUUUAUGCCCAUGAAUCAGAAGCUGUCUCUCCUAUCAGAAGCCCACCAAUAUCAAUUUUUGGCUCAUCUUUGCAUCAUUCACACACUAGUUUUCCUAUUGUGGCAGUUGCCACUAUCGGCAUUUUUGCCACAGCUUUCUUGCUGGUGAGCUACUACAUCUUUGUGAUCAAAUGCUGCUUGAAUUGGCACCGUAUUGAUCUCCUAGCGCAGUUUUCCCUUUCCAGGAGAAGGCGUGUUGAAGACCCUUUAAUGGUUUAUUUGCCCGCAGCUGAAAAGCGUGGUCUAGACGAGGCUGCAAUCAGAUCAAUCCCAACAUUUCAGUACAAGAAAGGCACUGAUAAACAAGAACUUGCAGAGAAAGGUUCUUGUGAAUGCGCAGUUUGCUUGAAUGAAUUUCAAGAAGACGAAAAGUUAAGAGGAAUUCCAAACUGUGGCCAUGUUUUUCAUGUAGAUUGUAUAGAUGUUUGGCUUCAAAACAAUGCUAAUUGCCCUUUAUGCAGAACUAGCAUUUCAGCCACCAUGCCCAACAUAAGGUUCCCAUUAGAUCAAAUUCUUGGCUCAAACACUUCCCCUCAAGUUCCAAAUCCUGAUACCACUAACUUCACCGGGAGAGAUGAAGAUUAUGUAGUGCUUGAAAUCGCAGAACAUGGUACCAACAUCAAUCCAUCAUUGCAUAUAGCUGAAGAAAGAUUUAACUCGAGAGAAUUAUCAUAUUGGUUCGGCCCUUCACCAAGCAAGUUAUUCGAACAAAAAGCAUCACAAAGAAAGACAAAAAGAUUCAGCCAUAUUUCUAGCAUGGGAGAUGAGUGCAUUGACAAUAGGCAGAAAGAUGAUCAAUUUGUAGUUCAAGCCAUGAAGAGGAGAUCCUUCUCUAUGGAUUCAGCAGCUGAUAGGCAGCUAUAUUUAGCUGUUCAAGAAAUAAUUGAACAAAACAAACAAGUGUUUGAUGUAUGCCCCAAUGAAGGUUGCAGUAACAAAGUCAGAUCAUUCUUUUCUUUUGGGCAUGGAAAGGGCUCUAGAAGUGCAGUUCUACCAGUUUCUUUGGAUCCAUAA